AUGUUCGUCUACCAAGGAAAGUUUGACUGGCCUGGGUAUGCCGAGAACGAGACCUUCACAAUCAUCUUCCCCCACGGUGCCGUUCGUGCCAAUGACCCCGUCUACCUCUUCACCCAGUGGACUAAGGACUGGAACCGAGUCCUAAAGGCCAAGUUCUUCCAGUCCAUCGUCGUCUCAGAUAUGAAGCAGCUUUCCAACACCACUGAUAUCUCCUUCAAGCUCUCCGGCGCUAAGUAUGACUUUGCUAUCACCACUGAGCAGAACUAUUCCAAGGUCAAGGUUGAUAUGUCGAGCACUGGUACCCUGAAGACUUUCACUCUGAACCGAGUGUGGCAGCCUGAGGGCAAGGUUGACCACGAUGCUGCUCUCAGAAUUUGGGCUGGAAGCAUCAAAUUCGACGACGGUGCUAGUGCUAUUGAUGAGCAAGCUAUCGUUAUCCUCCCUGAGGACUACAAGGAUGGCAAGCCUGUCAUAUCUUCGUGGCAGUGGACCAAGGACUCUGCGGGCAAGGCCAAGACCACUGCCUUCAAGGGAGCCCCUUUGAAGUUCAUCAGCUCUGAUGAUUUGGUCUCCAAGUUCGCCUUCAGCAAUGUCCAUGACUUCACCUGCUCUUGGAACCGCAAGACCCAGAAGCUUGGCCUUGAGAUCAAGAAGGGCGGAAAGCAGAUCAGUGUUGGCGAAUUGAACCUCAGGGCUAAGAUUGAACCCAAGGCGCACUCAUUUGACUCCGACGACUUGGUCCCUCCUACCAAGAAGGAGGUCGAGUUCCGUCUGCCCCAGCCUCAGGCUACUCUUCCCCGUGUGCUCGACCCCAUGCCCUUCCCCAAGACUCUUCUUGAAACCCUCAAGCAUGGAGCGGCCUUCAUUGAGCAAGCUGGAUACCUCACUGUCCAAGCCCAGAACAAAUUCGCUGCCCUGGAUGUCGAUUUCCAUAAGCAGACUGUUCUUGUCGAGACCCUCAAGAAGGACAAAAAGAACCUCGAGACUGAGAUUGUUUCCCUCACAGGCCAGCGGGACAAGGCCAACUCAACCAUCGAGCAGCUUAACAAGAAACUCGCUGAUGCCAGCAAGGAGUACAAGGAUAAGGUUAAGCAACUCAAUGACCGAAUUGAGCAUCUCAAGGAGGAUGACAGGUUCGAUCACAAGGUCAUCAACAAGCUGCAGCAAGACCUCAACAAGCUUCUCAUUGACAUCGCAAGCCUCAAUGAUGCGUUGAGCCAGGCUCAGUGUGAGAAGGAGGAGCUUAACCAGAUUAUUAUUACUCUCCGAAAAGAGGUUUUUGCUCUUCUUGGGAAGGUUCUUGAGCUUGAGAAUCAGCUCGAGGUACAGAAGCAGGCAAACAGUGCCCUUAUCACUGCGAAUGCAGACCUUGACAAGCAGCUCCAAGAGUCACUGCUCGACAAGGCGGCUCUCCAAAGCCAGCUCGCCCAGGCCCAGGCUGAGAACGAACGCAUCAAGCAGGAGCGCGACGAUGCUGUCAACGCUGCCGCUAGCACCAAGAAAGAGCUGGAUACGACCAAAGCAGAGCUUGAGGCCCUGACUCUCACUCAUGAGAAGACCAAAGACGACCUCAAGACGGCUCAAAGACAGGUCAUUGACAGAGAUCGCGAGGCCAGGACCAACCACACUAUCAUUACGAACUUGGAGGCCAAGGUACACCUCAGGAACGAUGGAUGGAAGGCUCUUAUUGACGAGUAUCAAGAGAAGUUCAACUCUGGUGGAAAGGCCACUGAGGCGGAGUUGGACGAGCUUGCCGACAAGGUUGAGGCUUUCCGAGUGCUUCCCUGA